AUGGUGGUCGCACUGAACACCAUGGGUUACUUACGUUGUCGGUUCUUGCUUGUUACAUUUUUCUUUGCAUCUAUCAUUAUCCGGAUCAAUGGCGCCGAAGCCAAGCAACCCAUAUCUCUAGCCGGAUUUCCUUCAGCUACCCCUGAGAUGGAUCUCAUUAACAGCAUCACACACCGGGAUAUCAACAACAAUGUGGUCUUGAAGAGAGCAGCUAGCAUAUUCCAAGAGCGACUCGCGGCCUCCAACCCUUUGCAAGAAGCCGCGCUUGAUCUCCUCGGCUCGUGCAAAGAUGCGAAGGAGAUCGAUGACCUUAACCUCAGUCAGAUCAGUGAAGAGAAAGCCAAGAAGUUGUAUGCGAUUCGUGCCACCAUCGUCGAUCUCACCGGCGCCUCCAUCGAUGCUCCCAAACAGUGCGCCGCUUCGACCGAAUCUGCUCGACGGCGGUGGUAUCAAUCUCUGCGACUUACGCCAUUCGGCAAUGAUGGCUCCUCCGAAAAUGACAUCAGUGCCUGCUUGAAAGAGCUGUUCAAGGUUGACAAUUCAUGGACUUCGUUUGUCAGUCAUCGCCAAGAUGCCAACACUUUGUGCGAAGUGCCUGGCUCGGACAAUGCAGCCCGCAGGAUCAUCGAAUUGCUCAACGACGUCAAUGGUAUUAUCCCGGAUUGGAUCAAAGCCUUCAGAGCCGAACAGGACGCGCACGCUGCGAGUCUCGAGCGUCAGCAAGCCUUCUUGCAACACAUCGAUGAGCUCGAGAAGAAGUACAAGGCGGGUCGUGAACGGGACCACGAAGCCAACAAAGCCAGAAUGUCGGAGCUUCUUGAUAGCUUCAACGCUCAGUACGAUGCAAUGAAUCGUCAAGCUCAUGCUGGCCUCUCCGACCUCGGUGGGAGCGUUGCUCAGAUGCAAAAUGAUCUUGUCGCGUAUGGCCAAGAGCUGUUCGGUGCUCACCGGGAGCAUGAGGAUCUUGUAGCUUCGUAUCGAGCGGCGAUGGUCGAAGCACUUCACCUACAGCAGCGAGGAAUUGAAAAUGUUGAUCAAGUCGCGAGUGGCGUUAUUGCUUCUUACAAAGAAGCGAAUGCUGGACUCCUCUCUCAGACGGAGUCAUUCGCAAGUUCGCUGCAGCUUAUGAUGCAUGGGGCUGCAGAGCAACAGCAGCAGCUGUUUGCCGGUCAGGACGAGCUCGCCUCGGCCCAAGAAGAAACCCUGCUGAGACAGCGGGAAGCCCUCGCCUUCACAAGAGAGCUUGAGGCUCGUGUCGCAAACGCAGUAGGAGAAAUGAGUCAUGUGCUACGUAUGUUCGAGCCUGCCAUGCGUACAGUCAAUGCCUUCGCCUCCGGCAAUCUCGGAUCCAAGAUCUAUGUGGCCAGUGUUUGCGCGGCUGUCACGGUUGUCCUAAGCGUGCUUGGUUUCUUACGCUAUGCAUCGGCAUUUGUGGCUUGCACAUUCCUUGCCUGGACACUCCCUGACUUCGUGCUUCAACUUGCUGGACCCAUCAACGACGGUCUGCGCUACGUUUCAGAGCAUAUCUCGGCCGUCCUUUGCAUCGCCGCUUGCUCAGCGCUGCUUGCCUUGGUGGUUGGCGGCAUCAACUACCGUCUUGCCUCGCGCAGGUCCUCAAGCAGGCCAUCGCGGUUGCUUUCUCCGGUGAUUCAUCCUAUACAACUCACACGGAGUACAGCAAGCAUCCGCGAGAUGCGCCGAUAUCAAAGCGUCGAACCAGGCAUGAUGUGGUACUAG